AUGUAUAACAUGUUUCGACAAGAUAUUUCAUCCAUUGCCAAAACUAAUGCAUAUCAGGAAAAUGAUUACAGCUUAUAUAAAGGAAAUGGCACUAAAGGAAAAGUUCUCGACUACCGACAGCAGUAUUAUUCUUCCUCAAAUAAUGAUUCAUCUGAAGGAAAUUUGGCAUUUGAUUCAACAGCAGCAUUCAUGUCUUCAACGGAAAGUCUGAACUUAACCAAAUCGAUCACAUCACUUCCCGAAGCAACUCCACCUGCCGAACCACUGCAAAAUGCCUUCUCUCCAAUGAAUCCACUCACGACACAACCUCCUCCUUCAUCAUCCGAGUCUUUCCGAUCGCCACGAAAGAAAAAUUCUGAAGAAAUUAUAAUUCAUGUCCAUGAUGACACCAACAAAAUCAACAAGGAUUUUUCAUGCAAUAGGGAAUUACUCAUGAGCGAGAUGAAAUAUUUCAAAUAUUAUUUAAUGCAGCCAAAGGCGAAGAAUGAAGAAAUCGAUAUUUCAGUUCAUUGCGAUGUUAAUAUUUUUCAGUGGUUAAUGGAUUACAUCAAGAAGGAAACAAUAACACCUCCCAAACUAGAAGUGAAUUGGGCAAUAUCAAUUUUAAUAUCAUCUCAUUUUCUUGAAAUGGAUUCCCUUGUUGAAACAACUCUAGAUUUUGUUAGAGAGAAUAUUGACAGUAUUUUAAAACUUCCUAUUGAUUUGGAUUGUAUUCAUACAGACUUGUUGGAAAAGCUGGCAAUUCGAUUUACAGAUUAUGAUCUCGACGAAGUGAAAGAUAAAAAGGAUAAGAUUUUAAGCAAACUAUUUAUGAAAAAGCUUGAGCUACUUUUAGAGGACGAAGAAAAUACUCUUUAUAAGUGCCAACAUUGCCAAACCAUGUUCACCAAAUCUCAACUCGAAUGGAUGAUUUGUAAUAGUGAAAAGCAAAAAUUCAAAUUGAUUUUCAUGGUAGGGCAAUUUCCAGACAUGCCGUUGACAAGACAUGGAAUGUGGACAAGUAUUUCUACAAGCUUAAAAAGAGUGGAAUGA